AUGACAGGGCUUCAGAAUGACGUUGGCAGGUGUGCCAUUCGUGAUUCUUGCGGGAGGGACAACGAGAACAGCAAGGAGGUGCCUUGUCCAUAUGAUGGCCCUCCUGUAGAGACCUCCUCAACCGGUCGGGAAGCGGUCGAGUCAGUCGACUUCUUCGUUUCAGAACGAUAUAAGAAGGGAUUCUAUGACAGUUGCGCCAAUGUGAAGAUGGGUUCAGCAAAUAGCUACGCUAUGGACUUUAUUGGUGGAGGGGCGAAGAAUUAUCACGAUUUCUUCAAGUUCGUAGGCACCAAGGCGAAAGGCGACAUCGGGAGUCCAUUCCAGAUCAACUUUCCAUUAGCAUCUCCACCGGAACUAUCUCCCCUAGACCGACAGGCACGCAACUGCUCAGACGCAGACCUCUCAAGCCGCUGUUCUUGUAUCGAUUGUCCAAGCGUCUGUCCAGCCCUCCCACCCGUACCGCCUCCAGGCGAAGGUCCAACUUGCCACGUUGGAUUACUUUCUUGCCUCUCCUUCAUUCUCAUCCUCGCAUACGCAUUCGCUGUACUCGGGUUUGUCGUCGGCUACGUAAUCGAGCGUGCUGUUCGUCGGAAGCGAGAACAAGCUUACGAGCGAGUAGCUCUUUCGGUCGACUCGGCUUCCCCCAGAACGCACGCCAGGACGCUUGUUGGUGCUGGCUCCCUAUCCCAAUACUUCGAUGAAGAUUCACUAGGGGCGCAAUCAGAGUCCCGGCAUCUCGGUCGAGGCGCAUCCCUUCUGGAUCCCGUGGAGACGAUGCAGCCCCGCCAUUACCCCUUGAACGCCUUCCUCCGCCGUUUCUUCUAUAAGCUGGGCUUGUGGACAGCAUCGUCCCCCUGGCUAACGUUUACCAUCGUCUUCACCGUUGCUGCCAUUCUCAAUGUAGGAUGGCAGAACUUUGAAGUCGAGACUGACCCAGUCAGGUUAUGGGUAGCCCCCACGUCGGAGAGCAAGCUACAAAAAGAGUUCUUCGACCAGAACUUCGGACCUUUCUAUCGUACCGAGCAGAUUUUCAUCACCUCUGUCGGAGGCUCGGUAGAGGUCGAGCCCAAUACCUCGACGUCAGGUAUCAUCGUCGGCCAGAAACCUCCCGUACUCAGCUAUCAACACCUUACGGAGUGGCUCGAGAUCGAAAACCGGAUACGAGCGUUGGAGUCAUCGAACGGCUAUACCCUCGACGAUGUUUGCUUCAAACCAAUGGGAGAUGCGUGCGUAGUGCAAUCGCCUCUCGCAUGGUACGGCCCCGGGGGGGUGAAGCUCGAGCCCGACACAUGGGCGUCCAAACUCGUAGAAUGUGCCUCGUCACCCAUUCAAUGCCUUCCGGACUUCCAGCAACCCCUUGCACCGAAUUAUGUUCUUGGAGGCAUCCCAACAACCGACUUGGGCGAUCCGGAUUACCUCAGGGCGGAGGCAAUGGUCGUGACGUAUGUCGUUGCUGAUUCCUUGGAUCCGGAAGUGCAGAAACGGGCGAUGGAAUGGGAGGAGACGUUACGCGCCUUCCUUGUCCAACUGCAGGACAACAUUCCCUCUGACUCCGGUCUCGAGAUUGCAUUCUCGACCGGAGUGUCGCUGGAAGAGGAGAUUAACAAGAGUACCAACACGGAUGUAAAGAUCGUGGUCCUCUCUUAUUUGGCCAUGUUCUUCUAUAUCUCGAUGACGCUCGGGAAUGGCGCAGCCAGCAGAGAUGAAGAUGGCUUUUUCGCCUCUCUCGGGCGUUGGUUCGUCAACUUCCCAAGACUCUUCAAACAUUCCUCUGCACCCGUCGACUCCCGAGAUGCGCCAACAUGGUUUCCCCGCCUUCCCCGCUCCCUGUUUAUCGACUCCAAGUUUACUUUGGGUCUUUUCGGCAUAUCAUUGGUCAUCCUAUCGGUUUCCACCUCUGUCGGAUUCUUCUCCUUCCUCGGAGUCAAAGUGACGCUCAUCAUUGCCGAAGUCAUCCCCUUCUUGGUGCUUGCAGUGGGAGUGGACAAUGUCUUCCUGCUCGUCAAUGAGUUGGAUAGGCAGAACUUGCUACAUGGCCCCACCGCUGCAUUCUCAGGACCAAGUGGGCCUAGUCUCCUUUCACCAACUUCACCUACUCAAUCCAGGAACCCCUACGAAUACUCAGCAGAGGAUAUAGAUGCAUCGUCGAUGCCUAUUCACCUACCCGCUGAAGAACGUGUCGCAAGGACGCUGGCAAAAAUGGGUCCUUCAAUCCUUCUGAGUACCAUCACGGAGACGACGGCAUUUGCAUUGGGUGCUUUGGUUCCCAUGCCGGCUGUGCGCAACUUUGCGCUAUACGCCGCGGGUAGUGUCUUUUUGAACGCCCUUCUACAAGUCACUGUUUUUAUCAGUGCCUUGACAUUGGAUUUGCGCCGCACCGAGUCCAACAGGGUCGAUUGCUUCCCUUGCGUGAGGCUAUCCUCGCGCAUUGCUUUGAGGGACACUCCCCCCGCGUUUGGUGGGCUGGGAAGUCUGGCCAAGUUCAUUCGCAGAUAUUACGCACCUUUCUUGCUCAAACCUGCUGUCAAGGCCGGCGUGCUGAUUACAUUUACUGGCCUAUUCGUCGCCUCCGUCAUCUCAAUGCAACACAUCCAACUCGGACUCGACCAGCGGUUGGCACUGCCGUCCGAGUCGUAUCUCGUGGAUUAUUUCGACAACCUGGAUGCGUAUUUCGAUGUUGGACCACCCGUCUACUUUGUUGCCACCGACCUCGAGCCUACCAAACGGCCUGGCCAACAAGCUCUCUGCGGUCGUUUCACGACUUGCAGAGAGGAAUCUCUCGCCCUUCGCCUCGAAGGCGAGCGCAGGCGACCCGAGUCUUCAUUUAUCUCGCAACCUGCUGCUUCAUGGAUUGAUGAGUUCCUUGGAUGGCUGGAUCCGGCUAAAGACCAGUGUUGCCGAGUCCGCAAAAGGAAUCCGAAUGUGUUCUGCCGGCCUAACGAUAUGGGGAGGAUGUGCAGGCCUUGCCUGGCCGACCGUGAGCCUCCUUACAACAUCUCGAUGGACGGGUUCCCGGAGGACGAGGAGUUUGUCCGGUACCUGAAACAUUGGCUUUCUUCGCCGCCCAGUCAAGAAUGUCCUCUUGGCGGCAAGGCCUCCUUUGGCGCCUCGUUGUCCAUCGACGAGGAGAACGGCCUGGUCACUGCCUCGCAUUUCAGGACGUUCCAUUCGCCGUUAAAGACGCAGCAAGAUUUCAUCAACGCUUUCGAGGCUGCCCACCGCAUCGCAGACGAGAUCUCGGAGGAUAUUGGGGCCAAGGUCUUCCCGUACUCCUUGUUCUACGUCUUCUUUGACCAGUAUGCGCAUAUCGUCGCCAUCACCCAGGAAGUAUUGGGUUUGGGUUUGGCGUCGGUGCUGUUGGUCACGGCCGUGCUACUGGGAUCGUGGAGAACCGGCACGAUCGUCACUGGAGUCGUUGGCCUCACCGUCGUUGCGGUGAUGGGUGUUAUGCCGCUCUGGGGCAUCAGUCUCAACGCGAUUAGCUUGGUGAAUCUUGUGAUUUGCUUGGGUAUCGCGGUGGAGUUUUGUGCGCAUGUUGCCAGAGCAUUUAUGAAUGCUGGUUCGGGAUUGCCGAUCGACCAUCCUUCUGGACAGAAGGAGAGGGAUGAGAGGAUGUGGACUGCGCUUGUGGAUGUUGGGCCUGCGGUCUUGUCUGGAAUUACCUUCACAAAGCUCAUUGGGAUGUGUGUCUUGGCGUUGACUAGAUCCAAGUUGUUAGAGAUCUAUUACUUCCGCAUGUGGUUGACUUUGAUCAUCUCUGGUGCUCUGCAUGGCCUGGUCCUUCUCCCCGUCGUCUUGAGCAUUGCUGGAGGACCUGGAUUCCCUCUGCAGGAAGCUGACGAGGAGUGGAUGUCGAACGCCAUCAGAAACGACUAUGAGCCGUUCCUAGCGGAUGACGAUUCGAUCUCCAGUGACUGA